GGUUACCCUCCUCUUGUGGAAACAGCAUUGUCUGCGCGGUAGGGGCCACCCCCAGUUUUUUCGAGUCACUCAGUGACGCAGUUCCUGAGCGCGCCAAUAAGGGGCUGGCUGGAGGGCGGGCUCUUCAAAUUUGAAUUCCCAAACUGUUAUGGGUGUCGGGGAACCUCGCGGAGGAAGUGAGGGUCACCUGAGGCUCGGCUGCGGGGCGUGGAGCCGACUUGGGUGGGAGGCGCGAGCCCUGGGAUCGCCCAACCCACGCGAAGCCAAGCCCGGACUGCUGCCUUCUAGCCCUGUCAGGCUCUUCACCCAAGGUUCCUCUGGGCCCCUGCUGAAGGUCUACUACCCUGAACAUUGUGUUUAACUGACCUAUCUAUCUGUUAGAGAAAAUUUGUUUCUACUGUUUAUCAAGAUGAUUGCAACACCUUUGAAACACCCAGAAAUUCAAUUGUCUUCAGAGACCUCUUCUCCAAGAAGGAAUAUGCCCAUGCAAGCAAUCUUUUUUGACAGCAUUCCUGCAGGCACACUUACUCCUGUGAAAGAUUUGGCAAAAUAUCAGAACCCCUUUUUAACAUUGAAGGACUAUAAAAAGAAUAAUUUCCUAAAAAUGACAAAUUUUAAUAAUAAAAAUAUAUUUCAUUCCACCAUGCUAGCAGAGGCUACCACCUCUAACAGCUCUCUUGAUAUCAGUGCUAUAAAGCCCAACAAGGAUAGAUUAAAAAAUAAAACAAACUAUGAAUCACCAGGAAAAAUAUUUCAAAGAAUGAAAGAAAAAGUACUGCGUGACAAGCAAGAACAAGCAUCAGGAAACAGGAGUUUGUUGGAACCACCAAAAAGUGAAAAGAAAAUUUUCACUCCUAAAGGAGCUGAGAAAAGACUAUUGCAGUAUACCUACGUCUGUGAAGAAAAGGAAAACAACAAAUCAUCCCAAUCAGAUAACAGUUCACCAAAAGAGGUUCCAUUUCUGAACCAAGAACAUGAAAAUGUUUCAGCUGCUGGAUUCUCAAACAAAGCAUUACCUAGAGCUCAGUUGGCUAAACAAAUUCUUCAUUCAAAGGAGAAUACAUUUGUAACCGCUAAGUCUAAAAAGGACACCUUUAUUUUAGAAGGCGUUGAUUCUGUCAUUGAAAAAUCCCAAAAUUCUACUCUUGAGACUCUAAAUACUGACUGUGUUCCUGUUAAAAAUGAUGGCCAGUCAGUGGUUUCUGGUGGUAAGAUACCGACAGAAAGGAAUUCACAACAGGAAAUUAAGGAAGGAAAUGAGAACACAAUGCCCAGAGAGACUGAUGUCCUGGGUUCCAUGAAUGAUACAUGUAAAAUUGUGCUUGCAACUCCAAGAUUUCAUAUAACAAUACCUCGGAAAUCAAAAAGAAAUGCUUCAAAUCAUUCUCCUCCAAGUACACUUCAAACUCUUACAAAUGAAGUUAAAAAGAAUAAGGUGGUCCAGCUACAAGAAUGGAUGAUUAAAAUCAUAAAUAAUAAUACCGCUAUAUGUGUAGAAGGAAAAUUGACAGACAUCACUAACAUAUAUUGGCACAGUAAUGUCAUUAUAGAACGGAUUAAGCACAACAAACUUAGGACUUUAUCAGGCAAUAUUUACAUAUUAAAAGGGAUGAUAGAUCGGAUUUCCAUGAAGGAAGCAGGAUAUCCAAAUUAUCUCAUAAGGAAGUUUAUGUUUGGCUUUCCCGAAAAAUGGAAAGAGCAUAUUGAUAAUUUUCUAGAACAAUUAAGGGCUUGUGAAAAGAAAGAGAGAAAGGCCAGACAAAAACAGAAAACGGGAAGAUUUGUCCCUGAUAUACAAAAAUCAUCAAAAAAUGAUGCGAGAGAAAACCAAACAGAUGUCCUCCAAAAAGCCAGCACUACUUAUGACAUUGAUUGUUGUCAUUUGGAAGUGAAAAAUAGUAAGCGCAGUAGGUUGCCAGGAGCCACAGAAUUAAACGUGUGCCAUGGUAAUUGCCAAAAUAAACCACCAUUAAGGCUCCCAGAUGACCAAGUAAAUAAUACUUUUCAAAAUGGAGGAGGAAAUGACUUAUCUAAUGAGGAAUUAAAUGGGAAGAAAGAAUAUGAAAACGUGUCUUCAAAGAAACUUGAAAAUUAUGAAAGAGCAGAUGAAACGAUAAUUAAAAGUCAGAAGCAAGAGAGAACUGAAGAAUCGAAUGUAUCCAUUGACAUUCUAACCUCAAGACAACGGUUUUUCUCAGACAAAGAAAGAAAAUGUAUGGCUAUUAAUCAGAAGGAAGCUUAUAUUUUAGUGACACCACUUAAGUCUAAAAAAGUGAUAGAACAAAAAUGCAUGAAGUAUAAUCUGUCCUGUGGCACCAUUAAAGCAGUAACAGAUUUUGCAGUGCCAAAUCAUCAGAAAGAAAGUAAAUCAGACUUAAAUGGAACUGCACAUUUGAUCAGUAAGCCCACAAAGACCUUCAAAAAUGCAUUUGAGUACAGUGUGGAUCAGAAAAAUAAAAACAAGGAAGAUUGCAAUGAAUGUGAUUUGCUCACUGUCAACCAGAAAAUCAAAGUAUCUCAUCCUAAAAAGGAAAAGACGGUCACCUCCGAUUUUAAGAAAAAUACAAGGUUGUUACCAACAUUGAAGAAAAUAAAAAAGGCAUCUAUGUUAUUUUAUGAGCAUCAGUCUUCAUCAGAUUUUUCUAGUGAAGAGAGCGAAACAGAAAAGCGAAUUAGAAAGAAAGCUGAAAUUGCUAAGAAAACCAGAGCAAGGAAUACCAAAGAAACAGUGGUUCACCUCAGGAAAAACACAAGAACCACCACAAGGAAAAUCCCAGUGAUUUCUGAAUCUGAAACUGAAGAAAGUGAAAGUGAAUUUUAUAUCAAACAAAAGAAAGCUAGAUGUUCUGCUAAAGAAAAUCUUCAGAAAGCUGGUAUUAGGAAUGAGUCUCGAAUUAUUGAGGCAGUGGGCUCUAAUGAGACAAAUAAGCAUUCCUUUGAAUGUUUUCCUGGUAUAAUUCAGGAUGAAGAAUGGAAUGAGAAGGAAUUACAGAAACUUCAUUGUGCUUUUGCAUCUCUUCCAAAGCACAAACCUGGUUUCUGGUCAGAUGUAGCUAUGGCUGUAGGUUCUCGAUCUGCUGAAGAAUGCCAGAGGAAAUACAUGGAAGAUCCCAGAGAAAAAGGAUCCCAGAAACCUGUCACUAAGAAAAAAACAGUCAGUCCCAAAGGCCAAAAUGGCAAGAUAGUUGAUGCUGAUAAGAAGCAAAUUAUUAAGAUAACUGCCAAAGUGGGAACUCUUAAAAGGAAGCAGCAAAUGAGGGAUUUUCUGGAACAGUUGCCAAAAGAUGAUCAUGAUGAUUUUUUCAGUACAACACCUUUGCAGAAUCAAAGAGUACUGUUGCCAAGUCUCCAGGACAGUGCAGAAGAGGAUGAUAUUCUGCCAAGUAUGGAUAAAAAUCCAACAACUCCAUCAUCAGUUGUCUUUCCAUUGGCAAAAACUCCUCAGUGUCAACAUGUCAGUCCUGGCAUGCUAGCCUCUAUAAAUAGGAAUGAUUGUGAUAAAUAUGUCUUUCGUAUGCAAAAAAACCAUAGAAGUAAAGGUGGCAUUGUCUGGGGCAAUAUCAAGAAAAAAGUUGAAACUGAUUUUUUAACUCCAACAUCAAAGAAAGAAACCCUGUUUAACAAAGAAUUAGGAGAAAAUUCUGGUAUUGGAAAACUUUUCACUAAUGCUAUGGAGUCUUUAGAUGAAGAAGACAAAGAUUAUUAUUUUUCAAAUUCUGAUUCUGCAUAGUAAAAAUGAGAAAAUAUUUCCAGGAUUUUUAUCAAGAAGCAGAUAAUUUGUAUCUUCUUUUGGAAUACAUGUAUUUCCCUUAUAAUAUACCUUCAUAUGAAAUUGUGGAAGGUUUUAGGAGUUUGUAUUCAGAGUAAAACAUCCUCCUGUAAAUAUUGCUCAUUGCGGCAGGUUACUAAAAUAUAAGGACAGUUGUUUUGCUUGUAUAGAUAUUUGUCAAUUUCUGCAAUAUUAAAAUAUUCUAGGGGUACCUGGGUGGCUCAGGGGUUAGAGCCUCUGCCUUCGGCUCGGGUCAU